AUCGAAAAUGGUCACACUACUCGCAUUAUUGUUGGCGUCCCUUUUAACUUUGUUUGUUUUGUUUUCGGGUUCAAAUUGUCGAAAUCGCGAUGAACCGGCGCAGCAAACGCACAUCGUACUACCAGUAUGAAGUCUUUCUUAACACCAUGGAGGCCAAUCCAUUGCUGGCGGCCAACAAACUGACUCGAACCCAGGAUUCUGCCAAGUGGAAGGAACUGAGCGAUGAGCUGAACAAGUGCCCAAGUGGUCCUACCUUAGCUCCCGAAGAAUGGCGAAAGCGUCUAUACGACUGGAAGAAUACCACCCGCUCCAAAUAUAAGCGAAGUCUACUUGCUACCGAUAAAAGGAUGUAUUCGAUCACGCUUUUAGAGAAUCGAGCCCUGAAGAUUUUCUACGCACAGCAAUUGAAAGAAGAGCAAUCCGCAGAGUACUUGGGAGAUGACGGUCAGGAAGACGAGGAUGUGAAGGAGCAGGAAGAGGAAGAGUAUCAAGAGGUGGAGGAGGAAGAGGAGUUUGAGGAGCCGCAGGAGGUGUAUCCCCAAACGGAGCCUAUUGUUAUAAAUAGUGAAUUGGCAUCCACUCAACGAUUGCACAUCGAUGGAAUCGGAGCCAUUCUGUAUGAAGUGACGAACAUUCCUCUCAGUGAAAAAUCUCCCAAAGAAGAAGUUCCUGCCCCCGACUUCAAUCAGCAAAUUGAAAUUCAGCUGAAAAGAAUAUGUGACAUUCAGGAGGCCGCCUUGCAGUUCAAAAUAGCUAGUUUUAAGUAUAACAACCCCGGAUUCGACUUCAUUUCGGGGUUAUAGUACCAUAUACCUGCAAAAGUAUCUUUAAAAACUGUUAAAAAUAUUAACAAUUUUAAUAUUAAAAGGUGCUUUUACUAAAGCAUAGAAGAGAGGAAUAGUUUAUAUGUAAAGAAUAUAUGACCAAUAUACAAAACAUUAUU